CAAACAAUCUUGUUUGAAAUGAAGAACAUCCCGGGGAUAUCCCAUGCCGUGCACAGUCAGUGCAAUAUCAGUGCGAGGAGUAGGAAAGGAACAAUUCCCAUUUUGACAUGUUUUCUGGUUAUUCGACGGUGUAAGGUCGUCCGCGGUAUCGUUCUGGUUGUCCUCCACAGCGCCAGGAAUGUUUGCUUCCAGUCUUGAAUCGGACUUCAGGUAAAAUGGUGAACGGUAACGACGACCCUCCCCGGGACCGCUCCAGACUCCACAUAGCUGCUGUGCUUCCACAAUGUGCUAAUGCCGCGAAGGAGCCCAACCUGUUGGACGUGCUGAAAGGGGCCGCCAAGCGACUCAAUGCCACAGUCACUCACAUUCCCUUCGAGGCGCUGGACGUGUCCAAGCGCCAGGAAACCUUCCACGGUGCUGGUGUGGCGGUUGUGGACAUCUCCGAAGCCCAGCAGCGCGCCGACUUGUCGUACCACCUGGGAGUUCGAGAAUCUGAAUUGAACCACCAUGCCGUGGUCCUCAUCCACAACACCGACCCGGACACCACGGAAGCAUUGAAGAGUCUGUACUCCAGCCACAUAUUCAUACCGUAUGUGACCGAGCGCGGUGAGAUCUGUUUCAGCAAGCUAGGCAAUGGAGAUGCCACGUUGGAUGAGGAUUUCGCUGCUGCCACCGAGGAGUUCGCUGCAGCCAGCGAUGAUGUCACUGCUAUGGCAGAGACCUCAGUCCCAGCAGAGAGCUCAAUCCUAGCAGAGAGCUCAGUCCCAGUGGAGAGCUCAGUCCCAGCAGAGAGCUCAGUCCCAGCAGAGAGCUCAGUCCCAGCAGAGAGCUCAGUCCCAGCAGAGAGCUCAGUCCCAGCAGAGAGCUCAAUCCCAGCAGAGAGCUCAGUCCAAGCAGAGAGCUCAGCAGAAGUGAAAGAUGCAGCCGAGGUUGAUGUGGAUACAGUGUUCCAGCGGCUGCUUAGCCGUAUCUUGGUGCGACUCCAUGGGGAGUGCAGGAAACAGUACAAAGAGCUAUUCCUCCGGGAUCUUCAAUUGGCAAUGGCAAAGGAGUCGCCCAAAGCUAAACGCAAGCUACUUGACAAGUUGAGAGAUAGUAUGAGGAAAGAUGAACGCUUGGCCGAGGAUCUCAAUGUCCUUCUCCCCGUGAUGCUUGCUUACCGCGAUUUGAAGCUUCAUGAGCCAAUGAUUGAGAUCUACGAAGGUCUGCACCCAGACUCUGCAUUGCGCUCUGGUGUGCUCUUGCAGCAUUACGGAUUUGCCUUGAAUCGAAGGGAUACGGACGAAGACCAAGCCUUGGCAAUACAAGUGAUUAACACGGCGCUGGAGAAUCCGGGGAACCGCAAUCCCGAACUGUUCUGCCUCUUGGGGCGAAUCUUCAAGGACAAAUGGACGAAGGCGAAGAACGGCGGCGAACCGGAGCUCCUUGAAAAGUCGAUCAGCUGGUACAGCCAGGGCUUUGACAUAGAGCCCAAUAUCUAUGCUGGGGUUAAUCUGGCAACCCUUCUUGUCGCCUCCGGGAAGAAAGUUGCGAAUUCGCCCAGGCUUCAGCAGAUCUUUAUCAAGUUGAACAAUCUUCUGGGCAAGAAAGGUCCUCUUGACACGCUGAAGGACUAUUGGGACUUUGCUACCAUAUUUGAGGUCAACAUUCUGGAAGAGAAUGUUCCGAUGGCGUGUUAUAUUGCGGAGAAGAUCUUCCUGCUCUAUCCUCCUGAUUGGAUGAUCAAGACGACCAUGAACAAUGUCACCAUCAUCAUGGCAAAGAGGCCACUUGAUCAUCGAAUAUCCAUGCUCUCCAAACUGGAGUUCUGGCUAGAGUUCUUUACAGCGGUGUACAAGCCGUACUGCAACAAGUCCAACCCACCGUCGGUGGCGGCCAGUGCAGCAUCUUCUCCUGCUGCUUCCAGCCGCAGCGCCACCGAAGCUUCUGCACCUGGGGACAGUGCCGAGUCUGCCGAGUCCAGUACUAAAGAAGCGGUUCCUUCGAUAGAUAUCAGUGAUAUAAGUCGCUUCCAACGCAUUCCUGUCCUGUCCUUGGAGGAUAUGCGUGUGGACCUGAAAGACCCCAACAAGACGAACAACUACGUGCCCAUGUACCUGAGCCUGUCCUAUAAAGACCUAACAGAUGAGAGUGAAGAAGGAGGCAUUCAUCUGUUCUAUGCAAACGGCCAUGAAGGCCAGCAGACUGGGAGCUAUAUGUUAAGAGAUUUCGAUUUGAAGUGGUCGGACAUCCGCAAGAUGAAUCUUUACAAGCGAGACAACCGAUGUAUUCUCCUGGUGAUGAAGGACGAGGGCCGCGAGUUUCAACUCUACUUCCCCAGGAAUGACACCAGAAACGCGCUAAAAGAGGCUAUCUAUGAGUACGGUGGCAGUGCUCUAGCUAAAAACAUUGAGAAAGACGAUCCGCUCCUUGAUAUUAAGUUUGAGUACGAUCGAGACCCGAGGACUGGGCAGAGGAUGCCGCUGGGCAGUGGUACAUAUGGGACUGUGUACAAGGGCAAAUACACGGAGAAGGGCGUGACCAGACCACUCGCCAUCAAGGUCGUACCCCAGGCAGUAGACGACGAGCAAGUGGAGCCGCUGCAUGAUGAAAUUCGUUUGCACUCUCAUUUCCGGCAUAAGCACAUCGUGCGCUACAUUGGCUCUAAGAGUGAUGCACGAAACAACCUGCUCAUCUUGAUGGAACUGGUUGUAGGCGGGAGCUUAGGUUCACUGGUGCGGACGCAUGGUAAAAUUGAAGACAUGACUCUAGCUGCCGACUACAUAUAUCAAAUUCUUGACGGACUGCAAUACCUGCAUAGCCACAAGGUUGUUCACAGAGACAUCAAAGGUGACAAUGUCCUGGUCAAUGGCUUAACAGGUGUAUUGAAGAUAUCUGAUUUUGGUACUACUAAGCGCCUGUCGCAGGUCAACCCCAUGAUGUCAUCCUUCAAGGGGACUAUGCAAUUUAUGGCCCCAGAGGUGAUCGACAGUGGCCAGCGUGGGUAUGGACCCAAGGCCGAUGUCUGGUCUUUUGGAUGUACGAUUGUGGAGAUUCUCAGUGGUCAGCCGCCGUUCAUAGAUUUGGGCUCAGCACAGGCAGCAAUGUUCAAGGUUGGCUGUUACAAGGUGGCCCCGACGCUGCCGCCUGAUACCGAGAUUCCGUCCGAGCUCAAGGAUUUUCUUGAGAAGUGUUUUAUCCCUGAUGCUGCCGAGCGAUACUCUAGUGCAAAACUGCUGGCGCAUGCUUUCUUGGAAGGCCAAGACAGGCGAGAUGUGCUAAAGCGAAGUUGUUCCACUCCAGCUCGGAUGGAAGUAGGGACGGCAGCUGGGAGUGCAACACCUGCUGAUCAGGACAUUGACCCGUUCAACGCUAAAGUUACACCUGUUUCUUCUCCUGACAAGUCUGCUGCUAAGGUCGCCAAAGAACAGGGCACACCCAGGAAAAAGGACAUGGCAAAAGCAACAUCCUCGCUGCCAGCCAAUGUGGGCUAUUAUCGACAAGAAUCCGCACGCCAGGGUGCAAAUGACGAUCCCAGCGUCAAGUUUGUCCAGCAGCAGUCCUACGAGGACGAACUGAUCGAACGUGUUCGGGUUGUCCACGACGCCUUGGCUGAGGAUGCAGACAGGAUCUGUGACCGCUGGGACCGGCAGAGUUAUCUGGAGGACAAUGAGAUCGAACCGGCACCCAGCAAGGAGCAGAUCCGUGCCCUGUUUGACUUGGUGCUUGGGUUCAUUGAGCACUCCGACUACAACACCCUCUACGCUAAACUGAAGGAAAUGCGGGAUGAUAUCAAUGGCGGCCAUUUUUUUCUUUGUGCGUUGGAGACGUCGUUGGGCCGCUUUACCGAUGCUAUCCAAGAGACGGUGAGGGCUCAGCCACAUCCUCUUCACUGGAGGUUCAGCUUCGACGCGUUUGCAAAGGAGGCGUGCAGUGCAGUGUGCUGCUGCUUGAAGGGCCUUGACCCGCAACUUGUUGAAGCGCGAGGCGGCUUUACUCGUUCUCUCCCGCCACCUCGGAAAGCGGAUGAAGAACCAGCGGCAGCAGCAGAAACGGAGGCAGAGAAAAAGGAGAGGAGAGAGAGGGAGAAGAAGGAGAGGAAAAAGAGGGAGAAGAAGGAGAGGAAAGAGAGGAAGAAGAAGAGAAAGGAGAAGAAGGAGAAGGAAGACAAAGAGCAAAAGACGGAAGGCCUGGAGGGUCAUGUAGCCACCCUGGUGGCCAUGCAGUCGGUGUUGGCAUCUCAGGUGGAGAUAGUACGCUCCCUCAGUGAAGGAGCUGCUGCUGCUUUUGCUUCUGCUGCUGCUCCUUCUGCUGAUGUUGCUGCUUCCGGUGAUGUUGCUGAUGAUAGCUCAAUUUCUUCUGCUGCCUCUGCCAGUGCAUCGGCUGAUGUCUCUUCCGUCUCCUCAGCUGACACCUCUCUUAGUGCCUCAGAAAAUGUCUCCCUCAGUUCCUCAGCUGGUGCAUCUCCCAUUGCCUCGGCUGGUGCCUUUCCCAGUGCCUCGGCUGGCUGUGUGCGACAACCCGGUACGCCAACGCAAGACAAGCAUGUUCUAUUCGCAGAUGAGCAGCUGGAGAGAAGAGUAGUGCCGAGCUCCGGUCUGGACUCGGACCUGCAGCAGUGGUUGGUGCAACACGACGUGGGACAAGAAGUAUUCAAUGCAUUUUCCUUUCAUGAGCUGACCCUGAGAGACGUUCUGUCCUGUAUGAAGCGAUCUGAUCUCGACGCCAUGGAUCUGCGCGUUGGUCCUAGGUGCAGGCUCUGGCACGCAAUUAGCACACACCGAACAGAGGUCAAGGAAGAGCAGGCCAAGAGGAGUGCUUUGCCACGCCAAGAAGCAGCCUAAUCAUUCGCGCCGCAGGACCCUGCUGCCUCUUCGUCCGCACCGCAAGACGUCGCUGCCUCUUCGCCCGGGUCACGAGAUCCCGCUGCCUCUGCGUCCGCCGAGCAAGGGCCCCGCCAUCUCUUCCGCUACGUCUCAACCCGCGCGCAAAGUGUUUUGUUGAUCGAGCUAGCUGUGUAAUGGCGUGUACCUCUCUCUCUCUCUUACUCUAGCAGCAAUGUCAGGUUGUCAUCAUCAUCAUCGUCAUAGUGAUGUGACUGGGUAACUAUCAUACAGCACACUAAGGUGAUGUCGAUGCUGUUACACCGGUACCUGGUCACCAGCGUCAAUGUCAACUCAGUUCCGACUGCCCUCCACCCCUCUACAUACAUGCUGGAUGCGGCUGACACCAUUACACUGGGACUAACCUAAGAAGUACGCUCUGCCCGACAUGCUCUUGUCUGUUUGCGCGCAACAUGCAUAUGUCCGUGAGAGAACGCAGCCAGAGCCUCCCGGAAACGUCAGUGCCGGGGACUUCAUUCGGUUGCGCGCUCCACUUGCCCGCGGCAAUCGGGGCUAAAAGCAAAUACUGUGUGUGUUAUGUUUGCCUUGUAGAGCUACAAAAACUAUUGUUAACGCGUGAUUCAUGACGCUUGAGAACCAACGUUCGUCGUGAUGAUCGCUUGCCUCGUUUUGUUCCACCCGAGCCAGUGACGUGUGACCAGUGUGCUUGUCCUGGACGGUGGCCGCUAUGCUUCUUAUGCGAGCACGGUGCUUACAAUCAUCGUCUAUUCCUUUUAUGCGUGCAAGUCAUGCAACAAUUUGAGCUCCAUCUUGUAAAAAAAAAAGAAGAACCAGUUGUUGGCAUAUGACUCCUGUAAAUAUACUAUUGUUCUCAUUCUACAAGUAAAUGUAGCCAUGCGUAUUACGGUAUGGCACUGCUUUCUGUUGAAGUGUUUCUGCACGCGGUUAUGACCUUCGUCAUCAUCAGCAGCAGUAGUAGUGACCUGCCUGCUGUUCUAUCAUCAGCAGCUCUGGCAUGCCUGCUGUUCUAUCAUCAGCAGCUCUGGCAUGCCUGCUGUUCUAUCAUCAGCAGCUCUGGCAUGCCUGCUGUUCUAUCAUCAGCAGCUCUGGCAUGCCUGCUGUUCUAUCAUCAGCAGCUCUGGCAUGCCUGCUGUGGUAUCAGCCCCUGUACAUUUGUAUCCCACGUUCUCCGCUUUUAUAUAUCCGCCUGUUGCUACAGGCGUGCGUACCCUGGUGCGUUGUUAAUGUAUACAUAACGUUAAGGCUCGUUGUCUCUGCAUGCAGUUACGACUGGUGUGUGGCACCUUUAUUACUGUUUUCGUUGUCCGACAUAUACCAACCCUAUCAACCCUAGUUAUUUUACAAUUCCUCCAACCAGUCUCUUUGGUAUUCUGCUGGUAUUUUUUAUUCAGUGAUCCUGCCAGUCUCUUGGUAUUCUUUAUCUUUAUUCGGUGAUCCGGAAAGGUCGUGGUUUUCUUUAUUCAGCGAUCUGAAAGGUUUUUUGUCACCAUGGUUAGAUUGGUUACCGUGA